AAACCCCACCGUGGAGGUCGACCUCUACACUGACAAAGGCCGGUUUAGAGCAGCGGUGCCCAGCGGAGCGUCCACUGGAGUCCACGAGGCUCUGGAGCUCCGAGACGGAGACAAGAGCAGAUACCUGGGGAAAGGAACUCAGAAGGCUGUGGAUCAUGUGAAUAAGGAACUCGCUCCCAAACUCACAGAGCAGAAACUGAGCGUGGUAGAACAGGAGAAGAUCGAUAAGCUCAUGCUGGACCUCGACGGAACCGACAACAAAUCGAAGUUUGGCGCGAACGCCAUCCUGGGCGUGUCUCUGGCAGUGUGUAAGGCCGGAGCGGCGGAGAAAGGAGUUCCGCUGUACAGACACAUCGCCGACCUCGCCGGGAACAGGGACGUCAUCCUGCCCGUCCCGGCGUUUAACGUCAUUAAUGGAGGUUCUCAUGCUGGGAAUAAGCUGGCGAUGCAGGAGUUUAUGAUCCUGCCGGUGGGUGCGAGCAGCUUUAGUGAGGCGAUGAGGAUCGGAGCCGAGGUCUACCACAACCUCAAAAACGUCAUCAAGGCCAAAUACGGCAAAGAUGCCACCAACGUGGGGGAUGAGGGGGGCUUCGCGCCCAACAUCCUCGAAAACAACGAGGCUCUGGAGCUGUUGAAGACGGCCAUAGAGAAGGCCGGAUAUCCUGAUAAGAUCAUUAUCGGGAUGGAUGUGGCAGCGUCAGAGUUCCACAAGGCAGGAAAAUACGAUCUGGACUUUAAAUCCCCCAGUGACCCACAGCGCUACAUCACCGGAGACCAGCUGGGGGAUCUCUACAAGAGCUUCAUCAAAAACUACCCAGUGAUGUCCAUUGAGGAUCCCUUUGACCAGGAUGACUGGGAGAACUGGGCGAAGUUCACCGGCUCUGUGGACAUUCAGAUUGUUGGAGAUGACCUCACUGUGACCAACCCCAAGCGCAUCCAGCAGGCUGUGGAGAAGAAGGCCUGUAAUUGCUUGCUGCUCAAAGUCAACCAGAUCGGCAGCGUCACCGAAUCCAUCCAGGCCUGUAAGCUGGCUCAGUCUAACGGUUGGGGUGUGAUGGUGAGUCAUCGUUCAGGUGAGACGGAGGACACCUUCAUCGCUGACCUGGUCGUCGGUCUCUGCACUGGACAGAUCAAGACUGGCGCCCCCUGCAGGUCAGAGCGGUUGGCCAAAUACAACCAGCUGCUGAGGAUUGAGGAGGAGCUCGGAGAGAAGGCCAAGUACGCUGGCAAGGAUUUCCGCCACCCUAAAGUCAACUAAACGGACCAUCGUCACGGAACUGAAAGGAGUAAUGGCAUCGGUGGGGGGGUCUGGUGUCUGACCGAUUGCUCUGUUUAUUAAAAGCAUGUCAUUAGCAGAUGGA